AUGCGAGAAGUAAGAGGAGCACAGUGUGACUUAGGGGUGGAGCGUCUGGAAGCAGUGGAGGAAAUGCUGAUUAAUGACCAAAGAAAGCCUGUGCAGCCCGCGGGAGGUUCUUCUCCGGCCGCCAUAGCCAAGCUGCUGGUUCUGCUCCCGAGAAGGCCCGGGUGGCUGAGCCGGUGCUGCCCUGGGAGCUCCCUCCCCGCAGGAGCCUCUGCAGGACCCCCGACUCCUCGGGCUGAGCGGUGCAGCCCUGCCGCCUGCUACAUGCUUCCCAGGCUGGAAAACACGAACAUACCAUCAGUGUUGGUGUCAUUUGAAGAUGUGGCUGUGGACUUUACCCAGGAAGAAUGGCAGUAUAUGGACGAUACUCAGCGGGCUCUGUACAGAGAGGUGAUGCUUGAGACCUAUAACAAUCUGCUGUCUGUGGGGUACUCCAUGACAAAGCCUGAUGUGAUCUUCAAGUUGGAGCAAGAAUCAGCACCAUGGACAGUGGAGAAAUCUGUCAACCAGGGACUUUCAGAUCCCUACAGAAAGAAUAAGCUGCUUGGAACUAAUCAGAAAAGACAAGAAAUAAUCUUCAGGCAAGUUGCAAUCACAAAAAUUAAAUAA